AUGCAAGCAACGGACAUAGUGGCAUAUCACAACGCCAACAACUACACACUCAACCAGACAGAUGUUAAAAUAGUACUGGAAGAUGAAAACCUAUACAAGGUCCCGAUCGGGUUGCUGGUGUUGCUAUCGAUUUUCUACGGCACCAUCAGUAUCUUGGCCGUGAUCGGAAACUCUCUCGUAAUCUGGAUCGUCAUCACGACCAAGCAGAUGCAGACGAUCACGAACAUGUUCAUCGCGAACCUGGCGCUUGCCGAUGUCACGAUCGGUGUGUUUGCCAUCCCGUUCCAGUUCCAGGCGGCUCUGCUUCAGCGCUGGAACCUGCCAGAAUUCAUGUGUCCGUUCUGCCCGUUCGUCCAGCUCAUCAGUGUCAAUGUGUCCGUUUUUACGCUCACCGCCAUUGCCGUUGAUCGACAUCGGGCUAUUAUCAACCCACUGAGAGCACGCACGUCCAAAAACAUCUCCAAGUUCGUCAUCAGCGCCAUCUGGAUGAUGUCGUUCGCGUUAGCAGCCCCGAUCCUUUUUGCGCUGCGUGUACAACCCGUGUCGUACUUUACGCUCGGCGGCAUGAACGACACGUACACCAACGUCACGGUACCAUUCUGCAAAGUUGUCAACUUCGAGCAGGGAGAAAUACUGCUGUACCGCUACGUGCUUGUGCUGGUGCAGUAUUUUGUGCCGCUGUUCGUAAUCAGCUUCGUUUACAUACAGAUGGCCUUCCGGUUGUGGGGAUCGAAGACACCGGGCAAUGCACAGGACUCGCGGGACAUCACCAUGCUAAGGAACAAGAAGAAGGUUAUUAAAAUGCUGAUCAUUGUCGUAGCGUUGUUCGCCGUUUGUUGGUUUCCUUUGCAGCUAUACAAUAUCCUGCACGUGACGUGGCCAGAAAUCAAUGAAUAUCGCUUUAUCAACAUCAUUUGGUUCGUGUGCGAUUGGCUGGCAAUGAGCAACAGCUGUUACAAUCCGUUUAUCUAUGGCAUUUAUAACGAGAAGUUCAAGCGCGAGUUUCGCAAGCGUUAUCCGUUUAAGCGCGACCAAACGUACCAUCACCACCACGAGUCGGACAAAACGUCAUCCAUUUUCACACGUGUCAGCUCAAUCCGGUCCACCUACGCCACCUCGUCGAUCCGGAACAAGCUAAGCACCAACCGUUACUCAACCAACAACAAGCAGCUGCAGCAACAGUUCAAGUUUCCGACGCCUAACCACCAUUUUAUGCAGCAUAACCAGCACCAUCAGCUGCAUCAUCAACCCGGCCAUUUGCAAGAGCUAGCGAUUGGAACACGAAAGGGUGCUGCUCCUUCGAACGUACCUGGAACCGCUACAACUACCUUUGGGCAGCAACAGGUGCUUGGCUGGGAACAGAAGCUCGAGCCCCGAUUUGAGGAUCACGAUACGCUAAGGUUGUCUUCUGUCUGCUCGAAUCAUCGCCAGCAGGAGCUCGCCAGUUCCACCACUGAGGACGACGAGGACCAACAACUGCGUGGAAGCGAGCAAGUUCCUUUGCGUUCAGAUCUGCCGGAACGGGACACUGACACCGUCAUCAAUCGUGUUGCAAACCAACGGAUCAAUUCGGGAUGCGAAUUGCUCACGACUACCGAACAAAUUGAGCGUAUGGCCCUGAAACAUCCACAUCCGGAUAGUGGUGGUGAAAGUGGUGACGGUGACGCCAAACCGAGUGACCAAUCUUCAGAAGAUGGACACGCCGGACGACAUUUAUAUUGCAACAGUUUAGACGAUCUCGGACCGUACUUCAACUAAACUCGCUUUGAAUCCUGAAAGGAAUUUGGUAAACGUUUAAAUAGGAGGUGCACAUCUAAGCAGGCGCUGGAAUGUAACGUCAGCUUUUUUUUAUUUUAUCGAGUACAAAAUGAGCAAUGUGUAUUUACUGUGGCUCUUUGCAUUUAUCGUGUUUGAAAUAAA